AUGGAGAAAGAAGGUCUGGAAGUAGUUAAAAAGGGUGGAAGAGAUGGCGUGCGGCUGCCGACGAGUCACAGACAGCGGGUGCACGCCAAUGGAACCCUGGUGGUGGAGCAGGUGACGCGCGACGCAGACAAGGGCCAAUACACUUGCACCGCCAUCAACAGAGCGGGCCAGCAGGACACACAGAAGCUUAACGUCAGAGUCAUGGUGGCGCCCGUGCUGCAGCCUUUCCACUUCGAGGAGAACCUGCAAGCCGGGGACCGCGCGGGCGUGACCUGCCUGGUGACCAAGGGGGACCCGCCCAUCACCUUCACGUGGGAGAAGGACGGGCGGCCCGUGGCGGAGGUGACAGACGUGUCGGUGAGCAGUCUGAACCACUUCUCCAGCGCCCUCAUGAUUGGACGCCUCGCCGCGCAGCACACUGGCCGCUACUCCUGUCGCGCCGCCAACCACUGGGCGCAGGUGCAGCACGCCGCAGACCUCGCCGUCAAUGUUGAAGACUGUGUUGUGUUGGUGCUUCCUAAUAGACGCCUGCCGGAACGCAAGGCUUGUGUUACGACGUAGUUCCUGCUAAUAAGUCCCGCCGGCGUGGAUGGUGGAGCCUGCCAGCACCAGCGUGGCCCUUGGGGGAACCGUAGCCCUGCACUGCUUGGCAAAGGGCUUUCCUAACCCCACCGUGGACUGGCGCAAGGAGACGGUUUCCGGAGAGUUCGUGG